UGGUAAGAAAAUAGAAAAGCAGGCGCGCGCACGGUGAAGAGAGACCAUAGACGUCAUGCUCAGAACUAGUUUGAAGAGAAAACGUUAAUCCCAAUCCUUCUCCUCUUUCCUUCGAAUCAGAGUCCAAAACGAUGUCGUUUGGCUCCUCCCUGUUGUCUCGUCCCCAUGCCGUUCGACUCUGUUCCAACAACAUCAGAACCUCUCGCUUCAGAGCCGCUGCCGAAGUCCCCGAUUCCCUCUCCGCAGAUUGGUUUGAAUCUCGCAAGAAAAGACCCUUUGGGCCACGAUUAGAUUUUAGUGCAGAAGAUGCUGUACAUUACCAGCUCGAAGCAUUGAAGUAUAACGACCAGCCUCGUCAAGACUAUGGAAUCGAGGUUAUGUAUAGGUUUGCUGGUUUUGAUCCAUUUGAAAGGUCUACUUAUUUUGGGCCUUUCUUUGAUUUGGGCCAGUUUGAAAGGUUCAGGCGAAUUUUUCACCAUUCCACGUAUCGGGUCUUACUAGGUCACAAGGAGAGAAAGAUCAUGAGCACUUUGUUUGUGGAGGAGAACAAAUAUAAGCAGCGGGUUUGGAUUCGUGGAAGUCGACCAGAGGAAGAGGAGAUUUUUCAAUUUACAAUGGUUCAGAGGGUUGGUGGAUGCUGGGAUGGUUACUGGCUGACAGAGUCUCUGCUUCAUGAUACAGAUACAUUUUCUGGUGGAUUAGCAUAUUAAAAGUCAUCUAGUGCAUGAAUCAGGUUCAUGAGGCUCCACUGUCAAAAGCAUGAAAUGGUCUGCAAUUACUAUCCUAUAAAUUUGUACAUGUGUAAAAAAUUCAGCUGUUAAUAUGUGUUGAAUAAGGAGAUAUAAUUUAUCUUCGCUAAUUAAAUGUUAACAUUCUUGUUAAUAUGUGUUUAAUCAGAGGAUAUAAUUUAUCUGCA